AUGCUUGUUAUCACUGAAACGGUUCCCAAAACAGUCAUCAAUGGCUCAAAUGACAGCGCUCAACCGCCCCCUCAACACAGUGUUCAACGCCGCGGACCCACCACUCAGUCAACACCCCCUCCCCCUCACACUCGUCACGCGCUGUGCGACAGGAAUGCAGACAUAAUACCCGAAGACUAUGUAAACAAAGAGAGCUUCGAUUCACUGAACGUGUAUUUAAUACCGAAAACUGAAUUACAGGGAAAACUCAUUACAGUCAAUGCAUUGGGUCUUAAGAUAAUCGGUUUCCCGACCGGAAUAAAUGACGUGAAAUACCCCCGAAAUCGACUCAUAUUUAACAUAUGUUUCGUGUGUUCGGCGUCUCUGAGGACAACACAAUACGAGCCGAUUGUCCGCAAAAUAGCCCACUAUUUGAUUGAUUUGGAGCUCGAGUUGAGGUUUCUGUCGGAUCCGCAAAACAAGUCAAGACUUCCGCAUAUUAUGGCCGAAAUUCGGGAUCAAUUGAACGCCAAUAGAGUCUGUAAUAUAGAAGUUUCUCCGUCGACCACAAUNGAGGCCAUCGAUCGGUUGAAGGCAUUAGGGUUUCCGGAAUACCUCGUGGUUCAGGCGUACUUCGCAUGUGAUAAGAAUGAGAAUAUGGCCGCGAAUUUCCUUCUUUCCCAGGGAUUCGAUGACUAA